UGUAGCUCCUCAAGUUCAGACGGCACACACUCGAAGUUGAAGUUGACAAAGUUGGAUGGGAAGAGACUGAAACAGCCCGCUGUCUUUGUCACAUUCUCCGGGGGUCUGGAGUAAAGUUACCCACCACCACCACGGAGACGGGCAAAGCCUCUGGGGGGGCCAUGUCUGGGGGCGGUGCCGCCAACAACAGUUGGACCAUCCUCACAUCUGAGGAGACGGUUGCUGAAACCCUGAGGCCCCUCGCAGAGGGAACAAAGCAGCAUGAAGAAAGCCAUACAUCUGCUGCAGGACCUGGAGAGAAAAACCAGCCUGCAAAAAGUGCCGAGUCUGCAGAAAGACUCCCUGAGGAGGAUUACCUAGUAUCUGAAGAAAAAAGAGCAGAUCAAAGCGCAGACUCAGAUCAGCACUCCUCUGUUCCUCUGUCCGUGGAUGGCCCCGGCACCUCGGACCGGGCCGACGUGAAGAGCAGACCCGAGGGAACGACGCAGUCUGGCCCUGACCCGGAAUCAUCUUCCGACUCCUACACCCUCCUGACACCUUCCCUCGACGGGCCCCCAGUCUCACUGCUCGGCACAGAGACUCUUGGAGGUGCAGAGUUUUCACAGGCUCAAGAGGAGCUUCCACAAGAAGAAGAACUGCAUCUGCAAAAUAAGGAGGAGGCGCACCCAGAGGGAGAGGAGUCAGGAGUCUGUGAAGAAAGGACGGAGAACAAAGGGGAGAAGGUAGAGCUAGAGGAGAGGAGGAAAAAGUCUCUCCUGGAGCAGAUUGGAAGAAAAGAGGAGGAAGAGGAAGAAGUAGAAGAAGAAUUUCAGGUGCCGCAGCCAGAGACCGACGGCGUGUUCUCUCUUAACAAAUGCAUCCUGGCCGCUCUCAUUCUGUUGGGUCUCGGCACCGUCUUUUUCUCUGGUGUCUUCAUGGACUUCGACGAGGAGGGUGAUUACACAACAAGGGAACUGAAGGAUGCAGAAACACCAGGAAAACAGGAGUGGCUUAAUCCCGACGUAUCUCCACAUUUGGACGCCAACAGCUCCGAGCUCCUGAGUAAGCUAGCUGAAGGGAACCAGCAGAUUUCUGCACUCCAAGCUCAACUUCAGGCACAGAAAGAGGAGCUAAAAGUAGCCAAGGAGCAGGCAGCGGAGGGAGUGAAGGAGCGGCUGCUUUGGGAGGAGGUGGAGAAGGAAAACAGUAGGUUGAAGACAGAGAUUGCAUCUCUCCCAGUCCUUCAGAAAGAGAACGACAAGAUGAAGAAGGAGCUGGAGUCUGUCCCGACCCUACAGAAAGAGCUAGAAACCCUCAGAUCCACUGUAGCACACUUAAAAGUCUCCCCAGCGUCCGGUCAAGCAGAUCAACCAAGGAUGAAGCCCUCUACAUUACCACCUAGUGGCCAAACAGAGGAUGGCAGGCAGGACGCAGCUGAAAAACAGUCCAGGAAGAGGUGGGAACCCCAGAGGCAGAAGAAUGAUCUAAAAAGGGAUAAAUAUGAAAUGAAUGACAAGAAGCAGUGGAAGGAUGAAGAAAAGUCUGUAAGGAAGGAAGGAGAUGAAAAGGAGGUUAAAAAGGGAGAUAAAAAGGAGGGGAAGAAGGGAAAACAUGACCAUGGCAAGUUUGAGAGGAACAAGGGUGAGCCAGAUAAGCAAAAGAGGCAAAGUGAUGAGACAAAACAGUGGAAGGAGAAAGAGCUGAAGAAAGGGAAAGGUGGACGAGGAGAUGAGGGAAGGCCCUGGAAGAACAAGGAAGGUAGGAAAGAGUGGAAGGAAGAGAGCAAUUGGAAAAAGGGAAUCUUUGAGAAGGUGCACGAAGGUGAGGAAUGGACAGGGAAGAAGGAGAAAGAGUGGCGGGGAGGGAAGAAUCAGAAGCCAGACGGAGGAGAAGAGAUGGGGUGGAAGAAAGGGAAACAUGGAGCAAAGGAAAAGCAGGAAAGAAAAGAUGGGAGGCAGAAAGGAGAUAUGAAAGAUGCUGAGUGGAAGGAGAAAGCUGGCAAGGAUCACGGUAAGGAAGGCAAGGGAAAGGGUGAGAGAAAGCAGUGGGACAAUGUCAAAAGCCAGGGCAAAGAGAGGACGGCGAAGGAUGAGAGAAAACUGGGCAAUGAGUAUGAGAGGAAGAGCAAAAAUGGCAAACAAGAGAAGGAGCUGAAGGCGAAGGACGAGACCUCGGAGCAGUUUCAGAUCAAAGAGACGAAACUGAAAGAGAAAAGGCACAAGGCAGACUGGGGAAAAGACCAGGCGCACUCACCGAAAACCAGAAACGACCAGAAGUCUCCAGGUCACCACGGCCACAAGGGGGAGCACCUGUAUGGAGAGCGAAAGCCCGACCACAGCCACUCUAAAUCCUCUGUGGGACAACCGGAGUACUGGCUCCAACAGAGGGAGCGCCUCCAACACGACUCCAGGCCGCCGCAGCAGUGCCACACGCUGGAGGCCUGCGCCCACAACGAGGGGCUCCUCCCUGUGCCGCUGGCCGAGUUCCAAUCCCUCCUGCAAACGUACCUCGCCAGGGCGGAGGAGGCCGGGGUGGACGGAGCCAAAACGGCCGAGCUCAGAAAGCUCGCCUCGGAGUUCUUCAAGGACGGCACUUUUGUGCACGACCAGAGGAGCUUCCAGGACUUCGCUGACGACCUGGCGGAUAUUUUGGAAGACUUGGUGGAGGGAGAGGACGGCGGAGAGGAAGACAGCGAUCUGGAGGACGAAAUGGAAGGCUUUGAGAAAGAAGCCCUGAAGAUGUUUUCACUGCCAGGAGGAGGAGAGAAGGAGAAGAGGAUUAAGGAAGGGAGGAAGGAGAGCAGACAGGAACGUGGCUGAUGAUGAACUGGACACGCUUUCUUUGUUGACUACAGUUACUUCAAUAUGUUCAUCAGGCCGUCGUCCUUAUUUGUGCCACUACCAUCCUUUUUAAUUCGUGUUGCUAAACUUUAGAGCAUUAUUCUGCCGUUUUGCACUGGCUGAUGGGGAAAGCGGCAAUUUCCUAAUAAAGGCUCUCAGUGUGAUUUUUUUAAAUCUGGAGUUUGUCUGGCUCAUGGACAUGCUUUGAUCUAAAUCCCUGUAGCUCUGUCUGUGUUUAGGGAGGCGAACCUCCAUCUCCGCUCUCCGUUUUCUUCCAAGCAACUGACCAGCUUUUUUUUUUUU